GUUGCUUGGAGAAAAAGACAACAGGGGUCUCAAAUAACUUCUGCAGGUGGAUACUGAGCCUACCCUUACAUGAACAUAUAAUAAAUAAGGGAAAUGUUAUGCAAAUGUGAGGAAGAGUAAAGUUCAAAUAAACCACAAGGGCUAAAUCUACAUAAAUUUCUCUUUAAUUUUCAUUUGUUUGGAAAUGCAAGAAGAAUAAACAACCUACUCAGACAUAGGAACAGAUGCUGGUCUUUGAAAAAAAGGUUACAAGAAGGCAGAAGAAUUUAAAUUCAUGGGGAGAAGAUUCUCUGGGAUCAAGGAUAGAGGAAUACAGUGAAGUGGGGGAGGAGUCUAAUAGUAAGUAAAAUAUUAAUGUGGCAUUAAAAAAUUAAGUGAGGUAUAUGCCUAAUGAUUACUUAGAAUUUAGGCUUUGAUAAUUUACUCUUCAAAAAGAUAACUUUCUGGGAUAAAAUGUUUGUUUUCUUUCCUAGACAAAAUAAUGUUAGAGAAUAUUUCUCUAGCUGCUACCUACAAGUGCUUGUUGGCUGGCUGCCUUGUUGCUCUCAGUGGAUUUUUUCGGUUAGGCAGUCAGUUCCUCAGCAACAGACGCUUUCUGAUUGCCUUCGACUGAGUGGAAACUUGGAAAGUCUGUAGUUACUGAAACAAGAUGGAAUUUUUUUAGGUUUGUAUCCUAAGACACUUAAGAACUUGGAUUUGAUUUCAUAGAAUGGUUAUACAUGAAAUAAAGAUCAAGUGCUCACAAGAUUAAAUUUCAGGAAAGCCCUCUUGGGUGUAAGACAAAGGCGGGGUAUAAAACGAAAACAAAAGUAGCCUGAGUUAGAGAGGUCACUUGAUCUUACUCUGCGCUCAAGACUGCUGCCCUCUGCUCACUGAAACAGGUUGCAGACAUGGCUUUGGAACACAACCAGUCAACAGAUUACUAUUAUGAGGAAAAUGAAAUAAAUGGCACUCAUGACUAUAGUCAAUAUGAAGUGAUCUGUAUAAAAGAAGAGGUCAGAAAAUUUGCAAAAGUUUUCCUGCCUGCCUUCUUCACAAUAGCUUUCAUCAUUGGACUUGCAGGCAACUCCAUAGUAGUGGCAAUUUAUGCCUACUACAAGAAACAGAGAACCAAAACGGAUGUGUACAUCCUGAAUUUGGCAGUGGCAGAUUUACUCCUUCUAUUCACUCUGCCUUUUUGGGCAAUUAAUGCAGUUCAUGGCUGGGUUUUAGGGAAAAUCAUGUGCAAAGUCACUUCAGCCUUGUACACAGUCAACUUUGUCUCUGGAAUGCAGUUUCUGGCUUGUAUCAGCAUAGAUAGAUAUUGGGCAGUAACUAAAGCUCCGAGUCAUUCAGGAGUGGAAAAACCAUGCCGGCUCAUCUGUUUCUGUGUCUGGAUGGCUGCCAUCUUGCUGAGUAUACCUCAGCUUGUUUUUUAUACAGUAAAUCACAAGGCUAGGUGCAUUCCCAUCUUUCCAUACCACCUAAGAACAUCAAUGAAAGCCUCGAUUCAAAUGCUGGAAAUCUGCAUCGGAUUUGUGAUACCCUUUCUUAUUAUGGGAAUCUGCUACUUUAUCACAGCAAAGACUCUCAUAAAGAUGCCAAACAUUAAAAAAUCUCGACCUCUCAAAGUUCUGCUUACAGUGGUUAUAGUUUUCAUUGUCACUCAACUGCCUUACAACAUUGUCAAGUUCUGCCAAGCCAUAGACAUUAUCUACUCCCUGAUCACCGACUGUGACAUGAGCAAACGCAUGGAUGUUGCCAUCCAAAUCACAGAGAGCAUCGCACUCUUUCACAGCUGCCUCAACCCAAUCCUGUAUGUUUUUAUGGGAUCCUCUUUUAAAAACUACAUUAUGAAAGUUGCCAAAAAAUAUGGGUCCUGGAGAAGACAAAGACAAAGUGUGGUGGAGAUUCCUUUAGAUUCCGAAGUUCCUACAGACCCAACCAGUACAUUCAGCAUUUAAAUAUCAAACUGCCCUGUGUCUUGCUUCGAUACACAUGAAUGAUGCUUCUUCCUCAGAUACAACAUCUGCAUUAUUCUGAAACUCAAAUCUCAAACACUGAGGUGGCAACUUAUACCAAAGAAGAGGUUGGGGAAAGGAAGGACAUAGGAUGAAGCCAAGAAGAAGAGGAAACAAAAUAAUCAAUGCGUAAAAUAUGAAAAUUAAAAUGAACAAUAUUGGAAAACAGUAGUAACAGGCAUAAGUCAUAAAAACACUAUUUUAUAAGUUAGGCUAUCUAAAACAUUAAUAAAUAUUAAAGAGGCAUUUAUAAUUAUUUUAAAUUAUCUAAAUUUUAAUAUAAGAAUGAUUUCCCUGCAUAAUUUUAGUACUUGAAUAACUAUAGAACAAAAUGUAAGCUAUUUUUCUUUACCUGUCUCUUAAUUUGUGAGUUAAUAAGACUACAGAAAGAAUAAUAAUUAACAAAAACAAAAAAUACAUAAAAAGCUUUUCUAAUCCUUUUAAUCCAUUCCUGGAAAAUUUCUAAAUGCAUAAUUUGCUUCCAUGUGUCAACUUUCUUUAGUAAUAUGCUGGUUAUCCUGUUAGAUUUAUCAUGUAUACUCUAGAAGCAAUCCUCAGAUAAUUAUAUUUAUCUAGGUUCUAAUUUUUAUAACUUUCUAAAGGGUUCAUCCAUUUAUGCAAGUCUAUUACUGA